AUGUUCGAGGCUAAAACCAGGCUGGGACACAAGGUAAAAAGGGCUGUUGUCCACCCCUGGCAGCUGCUGAGGGACGAGCCCACAGCUCACAAACAGGCCAUUGUUCGUGGCCACCCCGACCACGGAUCGUGUGCAGCCAACAACGGGCCCUUCUCACCAGCUGAGAACACGCUGGCCAAGGCGCUCUACGACAACAAGGCCGAGUGCUCGGACGAGCUGGCCUUCCGCAAGGGAGACAUCCUGACCGUGCUGGACCAGCACGUCCUCGGCAGCGAGGGCUGGUGGAAGUGCUCCCUGCAUGGCAGGCAGGGCCUGGCCCCCGCCAACCGCCUCCAGCUGCUCUCUCCCACCAUCCUGCUGCUUCCUUCCACCCGGAGCGACCCCACGGAGCUGCCAGCGGGCCAACAAAACAUCUACCAGGUUCCCUCCGGCCCCAAACCCACCGUGGUGUCGUCCACCUACGAGAAGAUGGAGGGGUGGGUCAAACCCCCAGGCAGGCUCUCUGCCACGCCUGCCCAAGCCAUAUAUCAGGUGCCAGCCUUGGCUGCGCAGCUGCUCAGUGAGAGGACCAAAAGCUCCACACACCAGCACCUGUUUACUCUCCCGAGAGCCUGCCGGGCUUCAGCCCCAAACAUCAGGAGUGAGGUGUACGACGUUCCCUCCACACAGCGCCGGGAGUCCCUGCUCACACAGAGCGGUGCCACUCCACCCACUGCACGGAAGGGCUCCGUGCCAGUCAGACCCACCGAGAACUUCCAGGCAGAGCAGGAGCAGCUUUACAACAUCCCAUCCAGCCCAGAAAAGGCAGGAGCUGGGAUCCAGAAAGACUCACCAGCAGGCAAUUUGUAUGAUGUCCCUCCCAAAAGAGAAACUGAUGCUUCAGAAAACAAAUCUCAAAAAAAGUGCUGGGGCCAGUACAAUACUUUGCCAAAUCCUCGGAAGUCAGAAUGGAUUUAUGAUAUUCCAGUAUCACCUGAAAAAUCAGGAUUAAAACAGCACCCUUCUGGCCACUCCUGGGAGAACCAGGUGCUGUAUGAUACCCCACCAGCCAGGUACAAGGUGCCAACAACAAAUGCUGAAGGCAAGGUUGUAAAUCCACAAUUAUACAAUAUCCCAUCGACACAACAGAAAUUAACACUUCCAGAUAUCCCCCUUUAUGACGUUCCAUCCUCACGGGAUGUGCUCCUUUUGCCACAGAGCAGUAGCUGUGAUGUACCCCCGAGUCUCCUGGCUCCAAAGGCUGAGAGUCAGAUCUCCGAAGGGAAUGUUUAUGAUAUUCCAAAAGGUUUGCCCACCCCUGGGCAGUCCAAGAAAGAGAUGGAAAACAACAGUGACAGCUCUGGAGAACAAGCACAUGGUGCUUCUCCAAAGCUCCCCAGAGGUGCCAAAUUAGGACGAGACAUCUCAUCUGUUUCUAGUGUGGACAGCAGGAGCAGCACACUCUCCACAUCCUCCAGCUCAUCUGCUGAGUUGUUUUCUACGUCCUCAUCAUCGGAAGAGCCUGGCAAAGAAAUCAAAAUGGGCCUUGAAGUAGCCAUAGAGACCCUGACCAGGCUGCAGCACAGCGUGUCCAGCUCAGUUGCAAGUUUAAUGAUCUUUGUGAGCAGUAAGUGGCGAUUGCAGGAACACCUGGAGAAGAGCAUUGAGGAAAUCCACAGAGCCGUGGAUCACAUCAAGGUGUCCCUGGGAGAAUUCCUGGCCUUUGCCCAAGCCAUAAAGGGAAACGCCUCUCACCUCACUGACAGCAACCUUCAGACCAGGAUUAAAAAGCAGUUGGAGAUCCUUGUGAACUCCUUCCAAAUUUUAACAGAGACAAGGGAAGCUCUAAACAAUUGCAACUGGUCACUCGAGGCCUUGGUCCUCAGGAGCCCCCAGAACAACCCAGAUGACCUCGACCGCUUCGUCAUGGUGGCCCGCACGAUUCCCGACGACAUCAAGAGGUUUGUGUCCAUCAUCAUCGCCAACGGGAAGCUGCUCUUCAGAAAGAAUGACAAGGAACAAGAAAUAAAGCAGCCAAAAGGGAGCCCAGAAUGCAAAAUGGCAAAACAAAUCCCAGUGCCAAGAAGAAUAGAAGUAGAGUCGCUCCAGAGAAACGCUCCUGACAAACCCAGCCAGAGUCGGGUGCCUUUGGAGAAACAGGAGGAAAAUGCCACUGAGGAUUGUGAUUAUGUGCAGUUACAGGCACAGAAAAUCAUUUCAGGUAAAGAAGUAGCAAAGAAGAGCACAGAUUCAAAACUGAAGGCUUUGCCAACUGCAAAAAAGGCUGGAAUUCAAAGCAAGCAGGACUGUGCCAAGAAAAUCCCUCUCCCCGAGCACUGCAGGCUGUGUUUCGCUGCCCUGCACAAGGCCAUCGGGGUGUUCACCAACAGCCUGAACCACAACCAGCCCCCCGAAGUGUUCAUAUCCCACAGCAAACUGAUCAUCAUGGUGGGACAAAAGCUGGUGGAUUCUCUGUGCCAGGAGACUCAGGAAAGGGAUGCCCGGAGCGACGUCCUCCACAGCAGCAGCCGGUUCUGCAGCCUCUUGAAGAACCUGGCUCUGGCCACCAAAAACGCCGCCAUAAAAUAUCCCAACGCAGACGCCACGAGGGAACUUCGGGAUCGGACCGAGGAGCUGUCCAAGUACACGCAGCAGUUCAGAGCAAUGAUGGAAUGAGACACGGAAUGUCACUGUUUUCACACAUUCUCCACUGCUGUUGCCCCUUUGGCAGCCAAAGGGGAGCAAAAACAGCUCAGUGACACCAAUUUUCAGUCACCUCAAAGUUCCUGCCGGGAGUUCCCGGGGUGCUGAUGCAAUUUUAGCAGGUGAAAAUCCAGCAGAUGUAGGAGAAGAUUUGUAGAAUUAAAUCUAUUCUUUCUUC